GCCCCAAUGAGGGGCUAGUGGUGUUGUGCUUGGCUGGGUUGCCCGGCCGUGCCCUUGAGCUGCAAUGGACUCGGCUCUGGAGGGUUCGGUGGCAGGUGUGACUGCGACGGUGGCCUUCGGCAGCACAGAGCCGGAAAUGCUCCAAGGACCAUCAGAAGAUGUAUUUCCAAAAAUGGAAAGUCCAGUUGAAGAGAUGGAUACCUCUGAUACCCAGUGGGGCUGGUUUUAUUUGGCCGAGUGUGGUAAAUGGCAUAUGUUUCAGACUGAUGCAAACAGUCAUUGCUCUAUUAGCAGUGAAGAUAUUGAAAGGAGUUUCCGAACAAACCCACAUGGUUCUCUGUCUUUUACGACUGCAAAGUUUAACUACAUGCUAGACUUUUCAGUGAUGAAACAAAUCAACCUGACUACCCUUAAGCAACGUCCCAUAAAACGAGCUCCCUUUUCUAUCAAUUCAUUCAGUUUCAUCUGUGCAAAUGAGGCUAUCCCUAUGCCUUCGCACUGGGAGAAUGUAAAUACUGAGGAGCCAUACCAGCUUAUUCCAUUGCAAAAGAAAACAAAUGAAUAUAAUGAAGUUUCUAGUCUCUUUGGAAAAACAAUGGAUAGCCACCGAAUUAAAAGAAUUAAGAGAAUACAAAAUCUAGACUUGUGGGAGUUUUUUUGCAGGAAAAAAGCUCAACUGAAGAAGAAAAGGGGUGUCCCAACGAUUAAUGAGCAGAUGCUAUUUCAUGGCACCAGUAAUGAAUUUGUUGAAGCAAUAUGUAUUCAUAACUUUGACUGGAGAAUAAAUGGGAUGCAUGCUGCUGUAUAUGGAAAAGGGACCUACUUUGCCAGAGAUGCAUCUUAUUCCAGCCAUUUCUGCAAAGAGAGCAUGAAGCACGGAGAUACUUUCCAGAUUCAUGGCGUGAAUCUGCAGCCUCAUCUGCAUAGACCAGAUAAAGUCAUGUUUCUUGCUCGUGUACUAACUGGUGACUAUAUUGGUGGGGAUUCAAAAUACAUAAGACCUCCUUCAAAAGAUGGAAGCUUUGUGAACUUGUAUGACAGCUGUGUGGAUAAUACCUGGAACCCAAAGAUCUUUGUCAUCUUCGAUGCCAACCAAAUCUACCCUGAGUACUUAAUAGAAUUUUGUUAAGUUUGAA